CUCUCUCUCUAUAUAUCUCUCUCUUCUUUCUCUCUUCCCCUGCACUCGUGCGACGCGCCGAAUCACACAAACGGAAGAAGCGCGACAGCGCGUUGUGCGUGACCCAACCCAACUUGACAGUUGACCCGUGUCAUUCACACUCGCGCGUGUGCCGGUACAAAUUUUCUUGUGAAUUUCAUCGUUUUCCUUGGAAGGAAACGGUUUUCACGCGACAGAUCUCCGCUCCGGUGUGCUUCGAGGUUAUCGACUGUUAUCGAGCGAACAGCGGUUAGUUCGGGAGAAGGAAAAUGUGGGCCGGUCAGGACGACACGCAGAGAUUUAAGACCAGGGUGUUGAAACCGCCCGGUGGUGGCAGCAGCGAUAUUUUCGGCGCGGCCCCAGAAGAAACAAGCCCACGGCGCAUCAAGGCCCACAAUCAGUCCCAGCUGAGCUCGGCCCUCUUCGGUGACACCAACGGCACCGACAACGCGACCGCUGCUGUGUCGCCUCGCAGCAACAAGCCCGGUAAUGAUUCAUACAAACGCCUGUUUGGCCCCCCCGAUGCCCCAUCCACCCCAAACGCGAGAAAUCACAUGCGCAGCAAUAUUCCCCUCAGCGGGGAAUCAUCGAUCUCGUCGCAAUCGUCGGGCACCGCGAUGUCGCCCGCGAAGAGCACGACCAGCAACAAUUCGACGUCAGGCAUCGCCAAUGGCUAUGCCAGCAACGGCAGCAAUUCCUCCAAUGAUAUGACAGCUUUUAGGAGAAAGAAACGAUUUCGAGGAUUGCCGACGCGCAACCCAGUCACCGGAGACGGAAUCGAGGUGACGCCCAUGAGGCGCAUUCCACGAAAGUAUCGAGAUGGCAAUCCUGUAACCGGAAUCGGCUACGCGUCCGAGUCGCAGAAGAACGGACCAGCCAUGCAGAACGGAAUUGCCAGUUCGAAUUCCAGCAACAGUGGCGAGAAGUCGAACGAUACGUCGCCGGCGACGGCAAAGCCGCCGACGCGCACUCGCGUCCCACCCGGUGGCUAUUCAUCCGGACUCUGGUAAAGAGUGACGUCGCCAACAGGGGUUAUAUCCCGCUCCCCUUCCCCUCCUUUUCCAAAGGGGAAUAUCUCAAUUAAUUUUUUCGGCCCUGUAUUCUUAACCCAUUAAAGCCCGCAAAUCCAUCUAGACAGCCUUCUAAUCGUCAUCCGUAGAAUAUUCUAAACGGAAGUCUAUUUUGCCACCGUUUACCCGUGCAGCGAUGAGUAAUAUCUUUUCUAUGAUUUUUCUAGAGAUACCUAAUAGAAAGAGGCAAGAUAAUAAAUUAUGGGCUUUAGUGGAUUAACGCUACACAUCACUCUCUUUUGCUUUGUACUAAUUCAAGGAAAUAUACAGAGAAGAGUAAGAACGAACUUUUAGGCUUCUUGAUUCUCGAAGUAACUCUUUCGGCCUUCGGAGAGAACAAUAAAAUUGAUUUCACAUGCUGAUGAUGAAUCGCUUCUUUCAAACGAAAACAUUCAGCGAUGUUCAGUUAUUAUUAUUGUCGGGGCCAAGAGAGUUCAAUGAAAGGGCGGAUGAAAGUAAUGAUAAAAUCGUGGAUGUUAAUUCCUCAAUAAAUUCGCAACACAGAAACGAGCAGUUGGUCGCGUCCGACCAACGAUCGAACGAUAGAGAUUCUGUAUUUAAAUUUAUCGAGAUUAGAUACUAUCUGAAUUUUUUAAAUUUCAAUCUCGUGACAUACGAAUUCUAUUUCGCGAAAGAUUAAUUACUGCGUGAUCGAUUGCAUAGAAAAUAAAGAAUGAGAGAAUGGAAACAAAAGUGUUUCCAGAUAUUUAAGCUUCCGCAGCAUUUCUUAGCGUGAACGACGUGUACGAGGGUUCAAUGGGUUCCUUAUAAAUUACCGAGCCUUCAGUCAACAACUAUACAGCACGAAUUUAUUGCGUAACUGUAUAAAGGUAGUUAAAGCGAUCAUCACGCGUAAAGCGUAUACCUCCGGCUAGAACGUCGUACCGCAUCAGCGAUUCACGAAUAAUAAAUCCUUCGUUAAGAAGUGCGAUUCCUUAUCGGCGAACGAUUUACAUAUAAUAAGUCAUAUGAAUAAGCGGAGAAUAGAUCUUCUUCUUCUUUUAUUAUGGCUCUCAUUCUCACUGAUAUGUAUCCCCCGCUUUUCAAUACGGGUUCAAUAUGGCCAGUGAAAUCAACGAAAAAAUGUGUAAAUCGAAUAAACGUUUCAAGUUAAUACAAAUAUUUGUCAGGAGUAAUCACAAAAGGCGCCUGGUUUCGUCAAAAACUUGAAAAAAAAACAUACAUAAGAAAAUAUCUAACAUAGGUAUAUCACUGACAAGAUGAUAAACAGUCAGCCCUGAGUAAAUUUUCGUAUCAAAGAAGUAAUUGGAAAGAAUAUCGAUAUUAUCGAUAUUAUC